AUCCCCAGUUCUGGAACGAGCUAAGAUGAAGACUCUCGUAAACGACUCCCUCUCGACACGGCCACUUUUUCACCACCACCACAUCUCCGUCGUUUCAACGACCUGUUCUCUCCGGCGCCACCACCGUCGCCGCCGUAACCUCCCCCAACCAUCAAAACCCUCCGCCGACUCUAACAACCUCCAACUCACAAUCGACAUCGACUACUUAUCCCCACUCACUCUCCAAACACGCCUCAACAAACUCAUCGCCUCCUCCACCGACGCCUACCACGACCUGAAAACACUUGUUUCCGUAGAUUCCGGCAAUCACAUUCGAAUUUCGUGCCGGAAAUCCACUGUGAUUUUUCUCGGGUAUCUGGCUGUUUGGGGGAUUGUUGUUGUGUUAGGGUUUAGAGUUUUGGUUAAGUUAGGUGGAUUAGUUAGGAAUAGGUUAGAAGGGAGAGGCGGUGAGGUGGUGAUUACGAGGCGCGAUAGGAGUUUAGGUGGGAAGGAGGUUGUUGUGGGGAAUGUGAGUAGAGGAGGUGGUAGUAGAGUUUUGGAAAGUCCGUUGGAAUCGAGGGAAUUUAAGGGAGGAUUGUUUAAGGGGAUUUCGAGGAAUUGGGGGAAGAGGAAGGAGAAACAGUUGCCUGAGUGGUGGCCUAAGAAUUCCAGUGGCAGUGUUACUGUGGUGGAUGAUAAUGAGGAGUAUCAGAGACAAGCUAAUAGACUUAUCAGAGCAAUCAUGGAUUACCGAAUGAGCGGAAAGGACAUCUGGAUGGAUGAUGUAGUACAAUUACGUCAAAUAUGCCGGGUUUCUGGAGUAAAGGUAUCUAUUGACACAGCUAACUCGCGGGAUUCAUUAUAUCGCACAGCAGUUGAUUUUGUUCUCAACAUAUGUAGCAGUGUACCAGACCCAUCUGCUUUUGUUCAGAUUAUUGGUGAGGAUGCUAGGGAGUUUAUUGCUGGACUUGCUGAUAACAUUGUGCUAGAAAAGGACCGUGCUGCAAGAAUGGUUACUGCAGCAGUUGCUGCACGUACACGCUCAUGGCUUUUACAGGCAUGGGCUUUAGAAAUGCAAGGCAAACAUUCUGAAGCGGUGAGGGAGCUGUCAAAGUUGUCUCUUACUCACAGCAUAUUUCCUCCUGAAGAAAGCUCUCCUGAGAUGGAAAUGGUGGCAAGAGGCCUUGAGAAGCAUUUAAAAGUAGAUCAAAGGGAGUUUCUUAUGAAUAUGUACGUAAAAGUGUGUGGUGAGGAGACUCAUAGAAGUGUAGCUGAGGCUCUGGGUUUGCCAUUACAGGUUAUUUCACGGGAAAGUGUAUAUGAUCAGCAACAGAAUGAGUAUACAUAAUAGAACUGACGGGUUCAUUUGGCACUCAGCAACAUCAUUUAUCCUGGGUCCUCUGUUAGCAAUGAAAAUGUUACAUGCUAAUUAUUAGCCCUUAUACUUGCUACCCGAAUGCGUCACAGUUUUCUUUUUCUGCUUAGACCUCCAGAUACUAGUAUUUUUAUCAGUUAUAUUGGAGGGAAAAUGUAAUUGAGAAUGUGAGCAAGCCACAUUUAGAACACACUGGCGUGGCAAAAAAAAAAAAAAGAAAAAAAAAAGAACACACUGGCAUAGAAGUAGAAAAUUUGAUCGAGAUAUGAACAUGAUUUGAAGGUGUCACCUUUAAUUGUUGUUCAGAUGAGAAUGAUGAAAAGACGAUUUUCUCAUUUAAACCACAAAAUGUGGUUUAUAAUUGUAUCUUGUUAUUUGCCA